AUGCAGCGAGCAGCACAGCCACGGCUCCCAAACCAGCUGCCGCCCGGGGGCCAGUGCUUCCUCCGGCCCCUGCCUGCCCCUGGUCUCCAACACAAUUUGGGGAGAGGGUCUCCACAGCCCCACUAUGGGCCCCAGAACGCCAAGGAACGCCUCUCGCAACAGCUGGCCGAGGCCAAGACGGCACCCGGGCGCAUCCCACUCCUCCGGGCUGUGGUCGAGAGCCAGGCCUUCAAGAACAUCCUGGUGGACGAGAUGGACAUGAUGCUGUCCCGCGCGGCCACCCUCAUCCAGGCCAACUGGAGGCGCUACCGCCUCCAGCAGAAGUUGAUUUCCCAGGUGACGGCGGCCAAGGCCAUCCAGGAGGCCUGGCGGCGCUUCAGCAUGAGACGCCUCCUCCGGUCUAGCAAGUCGAUGGUGAAGAAGGUGACAGCAGAGGAGGGGGACAUCCCUUACCACGCGCCACAGCAGGUGCGGUUCCAGCACCAGGAGGAGAACCGCCUCCUGUGCAAGCACAGGAUGGUGAGCAAGGAGACGCAGUGCCCUUCCUCCGACAGCCUGGCCCCCAGCAGCGCCCGGCCAGCGCCGCUCCCGCAGCCCCCGGAGUCUGUGUGCCCGGCUGCUCCUCGCGCCCCCGGGGUGGCCUUCCUGCCGCACCAGACGGUCGCCAUCCGAUUUCCAUGCCCAGUGAGUAUAGACACGAAAUGCCAGCCAGGCCUGCUGACCGAAACUGUCAGAAGUGCCUGCCUCAUCCACAUAGAGGGUGACACCGUGAAGACCAAGCAUGUGACUGCCAGAACCAACAAAGCGGGGGCCUCAAAGCCACCGCCGUCGGGAAAGUAUAGCCAGGCAGUUGCCAGACCACUCAAGAUCCAAACCCAGGCCCACGUGGAAACGGAGACCUUUAAAGGCCCCCUCCAGAUAUGCCCUGAGCCCGUGAUCACGAAGACCCCGCCACAGACACAUCCAGUGGUCCCCAUGACCAAGACCCCGCCCAAGACGAGCCCAGUGCCCAUGAUGACAAUGACCAAGACCCCUCCCCAGGUCUCAGUAACCAAGACCCCAGCCCAGACAUAUCCGGGGCCCACAGUGAUGACCAAGACCCCAGCCCCGGUGCGCCCAGCAGCCUCGAUGACCAGCACUCCACUGCAGCCACGCCCCACGGCCACGGUGGCCAAGAUCCCACCCCAGGUGUGCCUGCUGGCCUCAAUGUUCAAGCCUCUGCCCCAGACACGUCACAUGGCCGUGAUGACCAAGACCCCACCCCAGGUACAUCUGGCGACCCCCGGGGCCAAAAGCUCACCGCAAGCCAGCCAAGUGGCCACCGCGUCCAAGACUUCAUCCCAGACGUGCCCGGCCACCUCGAUAACCAAGCCCCGAGCCCAGAUGCGCCUGGCAGCCAUGCUAACCAAGACCCCAGCCCAGGUGGCCACUGUCCUGAGGACACUGUGCCUGGCCCCUCCAACAGCUGGGACUCCGAAGGCUCCACCUCAAGCAGUGGUAACAGCCGGAAUUCUCAACACCUCGUCCCCUACUCAUCUGAACAUACCAAAGGCCAAGGCCGCCACGAACAUGAAGCAGGCCCCGGGGGCGGUGAGGGUCUCGCCUCAGUCCUACCUGGCUGACGGCAAGGUCAAAUGCUUCCCCCAGCCACAUCCAGGUGCAGCGGCUCCCAAGGCCGUGGACAAGCCUCCGCUGGAGGCUGAGACAAUCAGGGCCGGCCCCCAGAAACUGGGGAACGCAGACACAGCCUCUAAGAGCAGCAUGGCCGUGGGAAUGACCAGGGCUAUGUCCUGGACGAAAGUUGUCGAGGAAGGAAACAAGGACUCAUUGCAGGCUCACCUGAGGACAGAAGUUGUUAAGGUCCAGUCCCAGGUGGAUGUGCCUAUAGAAAUGGCUGUGACCCUGCCCCAGGGACAGCCGGCCACCUCGCUGCCCAAGGCCCUGUGCCAUGAACGUCCACCCUGUGUGUCCCAGGGACAGCCGCUGGGCGCAUGUUCGGCCAAGGCCUCAUCCCAGCUGCAUCUGCCCACCAAGGUGACCAAGGCCCCCUCGCUAGCUCAUCUUGUCACAUGUCUGAACAGGGUGCAUUCCCAGUCACAUCUGGCCACCAGGCUGACGAAGGCACAGUCGCAGGCCCAGCUGGUCACAGACACAGCCAAGUGCCUCUUCACAGCCCACCAAGCCGCUGACCUCACCAGCAAGACCCAGUCCCAGCCACUGCUGGCCGGGUCCAAGGCAUCCACUCAGCCCUGCCAGCAUCUCGGCGUCCUCGGCACUCCACCCCGAGCCAAGCCAGAGGACAGACUGACCCAGCUCCAGCCCCACAGCCGCGUGCUGAGCAAGACCUCCCAGAGCCCAAGCCCGGUGUGCCCUGACAGCCAGGGCACGCUGGUGCCCGUGCUGGGAUCCGCCGGGCAGCCCACAUGCAACAUUGAAUCCUGGGGAGACAGCGGGGCCGUGCGGGCCCAGCCAUUGCUGCCCAGCCAGGCUGCGCCCUGCCAAGAGGACCUGGUGGCCUCCCAGCUGGCCUCCCUGUGUGCUGAGCUGGCCGCCGUGCUGGGCUCCCAGGAGGACCUCCGCACCCUGCUGGCCAAAGCCCUCUCCCAGGGAGAAGUCCGGGCAGCCCUGAACCAGGUCCUGUCCAGGGAGGUCCUGGGCGCCACGGUGGCCAAGGCCCUGCCCCAGGGCUUGCUGGGCAUGGUGCUGGUGAAGGCGUUGUCCUGGAGCGAACUGGGCGUCACCCUGUCCCGAGCCCUGUCCCGGGGCGAGCUGCGGGCGGAGCUCGCCAAGGCCAUGCAGGGCAAGUUGGCCGAGGUUCUCAGCAAGGCCCUGACCGAGGAGGAGCGGGCAGCUCUGAGUCAGGCCCUGUGUCAGGGUGAGCUGGGCGCCGUCCUGAGCCAGUCUUUGUCGCAGGCGGCCCUGAGGACCGGAGCCAUCCUCCCCAAGGCCGCCACGAAAACAGCGGGCAGCGGGAUGACUGUGACGCCAGCCCCGGUGGCGGUGGACUGCAGGGGGAGCCUGUCGGCCCCGUGGGGGCCCGCCCUGGGCCUCGUGGGAACGCGGCGCAGCAAGGGCCCCGGGGAUGCUGGCGUGGCUGGUGGCCAAUCGUGGAACUCCGCUGUGCCCAGUGUAGCGGUCCAGCCCACGGGCUGCACUGUGGCCCCCCGCGGUGUAUGGGAGCCAGCCAGGGACCCAGCGCCAUGGGAGAAGGUGCGCAACCCGGCGGCGGUGGAUCCCAGGCUGUCGCCGGAGCUGACGGUGUCAAUGCAGACUGUGGAGGUGAUACUCACCCGCGCAGUGGUCACCAUCCAAGCGGGCGUGCGUGGCUACCUGGUGCGCCGCACCAUCAGGAUGUGGCACGUGAUGGCCACGGUCAUCCAAGCUCACUGGCGCGGCUACCGCGUGCGGCGGAACCUGGCGCGGCUCUACCAAGCCAUCACGCUCAUCCAGGCUGCGUGGCGAGGCUACUGCACCCGCAGGGACAACUCCCGGCGCCAGCAAAUGCGCCUCCCAGUCAUGUGGGCCGAGCUGCGCCACGGGUCGGUGGCCGCCUCCGACCAACCCUGCUUCCAGGAGCGCGCGGCCAGGACCGCGUCGGACCACCGCUGUUUCCAGUCCUGCCAGCCCCGCGCUUGCAGCCUCUGCCAGUCGCUGAGCUCGGGGCUGGGGAGCCCGCCCAGCGUGGUGAUGCUCGUGGGCUCCAGCCCCCGCACCUGCCACACGUGCGGGCACAGCCAGCCCACGCGGGUGGUGCAGGGCAUGGGCCGGGGCGCCACGGGCCAGGGAGGCGCGCCGCGCUCCCCAGGCUCCCCCCUGGGGCCCCAGAACCCCGGACAGCAGCUGCAUCGCCAGAACAAGGCGGCCACCUCCAUCCAGUCCGCCUGGAGGGGCUUCAGGGUCCGCCGCCAGGUGACGGAGCAGCAGAAGGCAGCCAAGAUGGUCCAGGCCACCUGGAGAGGCCACUACACCCGGAACUGCCUCACCACGGACGCGCUCUUGGGCCGCACGAGCCCGUGGGCCGGCUUGCCGCACUGGCACUCGUUUUGGCCUGGCGUCUAG